AUGCAACCGCCAGCCUCUAUCGCAAUUAUCGGUGCCGGGCCGAGCGGCCUUCUCUUCGCACGCCUCCUUGAGGUGAAUGGACUCAAGGACUAUGUUGUUUAUGAGCGUGAUGAGUCGUCAAAACCGGGCCCAUGGCAGCAAGGCGGCUCCCUAGACCUACAUGGCCCGUCAGGUCAGCAGGCACUCAAGGAAGCGGGAUUAUUCGAUGAAUUUAACGCAGUCUACGCACGCUGGGAUGCCUCGCGCAUACAUAUUGUUAGAUCUUCUGGAGAGACAGUUGGGCACUUUGGUGACGGCCGCGACGCACCGGAGAUAGACCGCCUGCAGCUACGGCAGCUUCUACUUAGCUCUAUACCCGCGCACAAGAUCCAGUGGGGUCACGGUGUGUCCUUUAUUGAGGAGGAAAAAACAAAGAGCCCCGCCGUCGUGGGUAAUGGUCAAAUCGUUCAUUUCACCAACGGCAACUCAGCUACUGGGUUCAAGCUAAUUGUUGGAGCUGACGGGGGUUGGAGCAAAGUCCGUUCUUUGGUAGGUCUUCACAACUCAGAAUCAACAGGGACUAUAAUUCUAAGUCACGGUUGUAAUUUACAGAUCUCGACAGCCCAGCCAAUCUAUUCUGGAAAGAUGUACAUCGAAGGCAAGAUUUCGCACGGCAACGAGAGUUACAAAGCAGCCUGCGAGUUGGCCGGCCCGGGAAUGAUGAUGGCCAUGGGUCCAAGCAGGAGCUUAACAUUACAGCAAGUGGCUGAUGGUACAUACAGAAUGUACUUUGGGGUUGUCGUUGCUGAAGACUUCUACGAACACCGCAAUGGCAGUGCGAUGGAAAAGUCAGAAGCUGUGCGACAGCUGAUGCUAUCUUCCGAUAAGUUCUACGCAAACUGGGCUCCAUGUCUCAAAUCUAUUGCCUCAAAUGCGGAAGGGCCAUUCCGUGCCUGGAGUUUGCACUACCUGAGGCCAGAAGAGGUUGGUUGGAAACGCGAUGUGGCUCCAGGUGUGACUCUACUCGGAGAUGCAGCGCAUCUAUCAACGCCAUUUGUGGGUGAAGGGGUGAAUUGCGCCAUGUAUGACGCUGUAUUACUAUACAACCGAAUCUUCGAGGUAUGUGGCACGGAUCUGAAUCUUGCAAGUGUUCAUGAAGCCACUUUGGAAGAGGCUCUAUCGUUAUAUGAGAAGGAAAUGUUUGAGCGCGGUCGGGACCUGAUCCGGCGCAGCGCGGAGAGCGAAGCAGUGCUUUUCAGUGAGAAUGCAGUUGAGAACGUCCUCGGAUUCGUGGAUGGAGAACAUGACGAACUUCUUUAUGAUGUGAAGACCUCUGGUGGCAGAUAA